AUGGUUAAAAUAUAUAUUGACAUAAUUCUUUUUGUUGUAAUAUUACUUGUGUAUGUGAAUAAUAAAUCUUUUGCAAGCGAACUUGUUUCAACUAAUAAUGUUAAGCAUGAAUCUGUUUCAUCCAAUGAUACUAAGCGUAAACCUGUUUUAGCCACUGAUUCUAAACGUAAACCUGUUUCAUCCAAUGAUGCUAAGCGUAAACCUGUGUUAGCCAAUAAUGCCAAGCAUGAACCUGUUUUAGCCAAUGAUGCUAAGCGUAAACCUGUUUCAACUAAUAAUGUUAAGCAUGAAUCUGUUUCAUCCAAUGAUGCUAAACGUAAAUCUGUUUUAGUCAAUAAUGUCAAGCAUGAACUUGUUUCAGUCAAUGAUAUUAAGCGUAAACCUGUUCCAAUUGAUGAUGAUGUGUAUAAACUUCCUUCAACUAGUGGUUUUAUACGUAAACCUACUCCAGCUAAGGGUGUCAUAUGCAAAGUAAUUCCAACUAAUGAAGUUAUACGUAAACCUGUUUCAUCCAAUGAUGCUAAGCGUAAACCUGUGUUAGCCAAUAAUGCCAAGCAUGAACCUGUUUUAGCCAAUGAUGCUAAGCGUAAACCUGUUUCAACUAAUAAUGUUAAGCAUGAAUCUGUUUCAUCCAAUGAUGCUAAACGUAAAUCUGUUUUAGUCAAUAAUGUCAAGCAUGAACCUGUUUCAGUCAAUGAUAUUAAGCGUAAACCUGUUCCAAUUGAUGAUGAUGUGUAUAAACUUCCUUCAACUAGUGGUUUUAUACGUAAACCUACUCCAGCUAAGGGUGUCAUAUGCAAAGUAAUUCCAACUAAUGAAGUUAUACGUAAACCUGUUUCAUUUGAUGAUUUUAUACGUAAACAUGUUUCAAUUAAUGAUGUUAUACGUAAACCUAUUCCAGCUAAUGAUGGUUUACGAAGAUUGGCUAUGCGAAAUGCUACUGUACUCAAACUUUUAUCAUCUGGUUUUUCUCUACCAAAUUUUAAUUCAUCCCUUUCGACCUCAUCAAAAUCUACCUCAUCCAUUUCGUCCCCACCCAAAACUACCAAUUUCACUUUGGCCAAUAGUAGUUUGAAUGAAAAUUGUGAACAAAAUGACUCACUAACGUGCACUGAUCCUGAAGAAACUCAAAAAGCAACAGAACUUAUGAAUGAAGCUGUAACUGCUUUACAAAAAAUUGCAAAAAAUGUCGACGUUUGUGAUCAUGUUAAUAAACAAUUUGACAUAGAUUUAUAUUGUAAAAAACACGAAGAAGAUACAGAGAUUGCAAUAUUUUCCUUUGAAAUCAAAAAAUCCAAUAAUUAUAAUGAGAUAAUAAAUAAGGUAUGGAGUCCCAAUGGUAUCAAAUCUUUUGAUGAAUACCAUAUAAAAGAGAAAAUCGUUCGAGUAUACAAUCCAAAUUUAGUAAUGAUGCAACAACGUCGCAAUAGUAUUGUUGGACCAUUCAAAAAAUAUUCAUAUGUUUUAGCCACAAAAGUUGAAGUAUCAAGCGAUACAACUAUAAUUGUUUUCUCUUCAGCAAAUAUAAAUGACUAUAAUAGCGCAUCUCGAAACACUUAUACAAACACUAUCUUAAAAAGUGCAAACGAAUUCAAAACUAACGUCAAUUCUGAAGAAGAUAUUAAAGAUGGGAAAUUAAAAAAAUUUUAUAUUAACUUAUAUGGAUAUAUCAUUAAAAAAGAAGAAAGGCGCAUUGAUGUUACAUAUGUCUACUCUAUAAACACUAUGGCUUAUGAUGUUUCCUAUGCCCCAAGCUUCAUUACAAAAAUGGAGAAAUCAGAAAAAUUAUUAAUGCUUAGCAGCUUAAAAGAAUUCUUUGAUAGAAAAUAA